AAAUAAAUACGUCGCAGUGGAUAACUCCCCGAUCUCCUUCCCAAAACUCAAUUCCAUCGAAUUUGGUAUCAGUCACUCCCUUCCCCUUCAGUGUCAGAGCAGCUUCCGAUCACUUCCCUCUCUCGCUCCUUAACAAUCAGCUUAUAAAACCAAUUUAGCUCCGCCAUGUCGGUUCCAAACGAAGGAAAUGAUAUGUCCUCUUCUUCCGAUGCUCAGCUGUCAUCUCAUGUUUUUGGGGAUCUCCUCGAUUCGAUCAUUGUUGAUGUUGCAUCUGAGUGUCAUCGAAUAGCGAAGUUGGGUCUUGAUCGUAAUUUUGAAGAAGAGGAAGAAGAACUAAGGUUGUCAGCCCAAGCACGGGUGAGGGUAGCUGAUCCUAGUAAUAGUGGUGAAGCAAAUAGCAAGUACGUGGUUGACAUAUUUGGGCAGAAUCAUCCUUCCGUAGCCAGCGAAGUGUUUGAGUGCAUGAACUGUGGUCGGUCUAUCGUGGCUGGGAGGUUUGCUCCUCAUCUGGAGAAGUGUAUGGGAAAGGGUAGAAAGGCUCGCCUCAAGGUGACAAGAAGUAGCACGGCUGCGCAGACUCGGAAUUCUCGGGGAAACUCUGCUUCCACAUACUCCACAUAUUCAAAUUCCAACAGCACAAGCCGGUUAUCAAAUGGAGCAUCCGGUGUUGCUGGUGAGGAGUACUCAAAUGGUGCAUUGGAAGAGCCAUGAAACAGUUUAAGCACCGACUCGGGAGUGGAAUGCGUGGUGCAAUACAACAUCAAGCUCUCAGUCUCCAACCACAGCUUUUCCAUUAGGACCAGCCACAGUACGUUUUCGUUUUAACUACAGUUUCUACAUUAAUAGUCUCCUAUUUCCUUCUCUAGCAAGUAUUCAGUCUGUUCAAUUUUUUAAGAGCAGAUCAAUAAUAUAACAUUGUGUCGUUUAGCUCAAAGCCGCGAGAACUUCCAAAAACACGUUGAGUAACUAUGAAACUGGCACUGAGCUGUGGUACUUUUUUUUUCUUUGUUCUGGGUUUAAUCCCGCGUGUUCUUCUCGAGAAAGAUUUUAACGAGGUCACUCUUUCUCAACCGCUGCAGCUUGUAUCUUAAUUAAGUUUGUCUCUUGGUAAAAAAAUAAAAUAAAAAACAAUUGUUGUUCA